GCUUGGAAUGCCGCCAGCCCAUGAUUCAUACGACGUCGUAUGCAUCAUUUUUGAAGCCCUAUAUCGCUCCCUGAGGCUUUAGGGUUUCAUCAACUCCAGAAAAAUAACGAAGGGCGGCUAGCUGACCUACACUUCCAGCCAUGGUUCUCAAGACUGAGCUUUGCCGUUUUAGUGGUGCCAAGAUCUACCCUGGAAAAGGCAUUAGAUUCAUUCGAUCCGACUCACAGGUUUUCCUCUUUGCCAACUCGAAAUGCAAGAGGUACUUCCACAACCGCCUGAGGCCAGCUAAGCUUACUUGGACUGCCAUGUACCGCAAGCAGCAUAAGAAGGACAUUGCUGCCGAAGCUGUGAAAAAGAGGCGCAGAGCUACCAAGAAACCUUACUCGAGGUCCAUUGUUGGCGCCACAUUGGAAGUUAUCCAGAAGAGAAGGACUGAGAAGCCUGAGGUCCGUGAUGCCGCACGUGAAGCAGCCUUGCGUGAAAUCAAGGAGAGGAUCAAGAAAACCAAGGAUGAGAAGAAGGCAAAGAAGGCUGAGUUGGUGUCCAAGCAGAAGAGUGGCAAAGGCAACGUGUCAAAGAGUGCUAUGCCAAAGGGUCCCAAACUCGGAGGUGGUGGUGGCAAACGUUGAAAUAGUAAGAUUUUGCAAACCAAACCUAAAAUGUUUGUUAGUUCUGUAUGAAGGACAUUUGAGACAAAGCUGGGGGUGGGUUGUUUGUUACCUUUUUGAGCAGUUUGGAUUUGUUUACCAUGGGAUUUUUCUUGUUUUUUUCUCAUUAGCUUGUAACCUCACUUUUGAUCAGACGAGAUUUUAAUUGAAAAUGAUACAUGGGUUUAUGUUAUGUUUGAUCGUGCGAUUUUGUGUUGCUUUAUGUUAUGGUCAAGUUGUAUGAUUGCUCACCAUAUGCCCUUUGGCCUUUGGUGUUGUUUUGUUAUUGCUGAUUGUUAUUUGUCCA